GAAAACGCUGGUUGACUUUCAACCAACCAACAGCUGACGGAAGUGUCACGACGCAGUUUAAUGGCUUGAUAGACACGGUGUUUCUUUUUUUUAACUUUAACAUAUUAAAAAAAAAUAUGAAUUUCGUCAGGUCUCGCCUUUCCAUUGGCAACUUUUUAGGUCAGAGGUGCAGACAGGUCACUGAAACAUGGAGCCUCAGAGGGAUGUGCAAUAAACCACAGGAGGUCAAAGCAGAGCCUCUGCCUGCAGUUCCAGCACAAGAGCCUCGUGCCGGGUUCAGACUCCCGGGCUACAGACCCUCAAAUCUGGACAAGAAGAUGCUGGUCUGGUCGGGACGCUUCAAGACAGCAGACCAGAUACCAGAGCUUGUGUCGUUUGAGAUGAUUGAUGCUGCCAGAAACAAAGUGAGAGUGAAAGCCUGCUACGUGAUGAUGGCGACCACAAUAGGGGCCUGUCUGAUGAUGGUGUUCCUGGGCAAACGGUCUGUAGGCCGGCACGAGUCCCUAACGGCUCAAAACAUGGAGAAAAAAGCGAGAUGGAGGGAGGAACUACAAAGAGAGAAGGAAGCUGCCCUUGUCCUGUCUGAGAAGGCUCAGUGAUGGAAGACGACUAGUCCCUGUAUACUCCUUUAGCCCCUAAUACUGGGCCAAUGGUGUCCCCCCCUUCUUGCUGUAUGCAUCACAGUUUCAGAGCUCUCCACUACCAUCCUAAAGAGCAACAAAAAAAUAUCAGAGCAGUUGAUAGUCUAUCCAAAACUAUUAAGUAACACAUAACUAUGGAUUAUGCAUUUUGGAAAGCCAAACAUAAGGUUUUACCUUUUCAGUGAAUACAUUGAGGUUAUAAACUGGCACCUGUUUUUUGAGGAACCGGCACUAACAGGACAGGUGAAACAUGAGCUUAAUCUUUUAUAGUAGAGGUUUUAUGAGUUAUAAUGAAAUGUUGUCAUUUACUAAACAGCAAAAUAAUAAUUUUCAGACAAGAAAUCAAUCGAAUAGACGCACCAAUAAAGUUUUCCAUCUAUCGAUGCUUCUAGUAAACUUCUGAGUACUUCAAAAGCUAUCCACCAUUAACACGUUGGGUAUUCCUGUUUAAAAAUGACAUGAAGACCGUUCAGCCCUGAAGGGUUUCAAUGGUCUUCAGUUCUAAGAGAAUGUUAAGUGGUCAUGAUCCACCUGCGUUAUGGUCUGUCGUGUCCUGGUACGAUGUAAGUAGGCUGGUUUGUUUAUGACUGAUGUGACAUCUGUUUGUAUAUAGUCAACGCCAAAAUAAAAAUCAAAUAAAGUAUUGCUUCGUGAA